AUGGCGAGACAGAAUCAUAGAGAUGCUAAGCUGUUCCAGAAUGCUCAGAACUCGUUGAUCAAGGGAUCAUAUAGCCGACUACAUCGCCAUGGGCAUGUGAAGCAUUUUAUGUCAACAAAUGAAGUGAGCAAAAAAUCGCAUGCUGGCUUGCUUUCACAGUUUCAUUCCAUAGUAACAGAAUAUGUUAUCAUGCUCUCUGAAAAGAAAAUGGAAAUCGGUGUUGACUCCAUUGAUUUCCUUGGAAUGAAAAUCUCUGACGGUACAUAUCAGCCACAACCCCAUGUUGCCCAAGAAUUGCACAAGUUCCCAGAAAAGCUGACGUCACAAAAGGAAAGCCAACAAUUUCUUGGUCUCGUCAAUUAUAUGGAUGAUUUCUUACGAAAGCUAUCAAGUCAUACAGUGCACAUGUUCCCUAUGCUAAAGAAAGAUUUCCCACCAUGGACUGAUAAACAAACGCUAGCUGUAAAAGCAAUAAAGCAACUAGCUGAUGUGAUGCCGCCUUUAACGAUUCCCACUGCUAUUGACAAACGAAUCUUGCAGACUGUUGCAAGUGAUGAAUAG